GCUGGGAAGAAGGCUCCAGUGCCCAGGCUGGAAGCUCAAGCACGAGCAGCUCGUGCACCUGGAGCACGACUAGCUCCUCGGGCAGCAGAGAGCAGCAGCGAGAGAGCACAGAGGACAAGUGCCUGGCCGUGCUGAAGAUGCUGGUGAGCAAGGGAGAUCCUGAGGCGAAAUACACAGAAGUGGAAACUCUUGGCAAAGGGGGUUUCGGCACUGUGUGCAUGGCAGUGGAGUCUGCCACAGGAGAAGAGGUGGCCAUCAAGAAAAUUAGUCUCCUGCAAGGGAGCAGCAGUGAGCUGUGCCUGAAUGAAAUCCAGGUCAUGCGUGGCACUAAGAAUGCCAACCUUGUGAACUAUGUAGACAGCUACCUGGUGGACGAGGAACUCUGGCUUGUGAUGGAAUACAUGGACGGAGGUUCUUUACAUGAUGUCAUCAGGGAGACUCACAUGGCAGAAGGAGAGAUAGCAGCUGUCUCUCGGGAGGUAAGGGAUGGCGCUUCUGCUUCCCAUGGCUUGGUCGGGAUGGUCCUUCCAAAUGGGUGAUAAGGAGAGGAGAGAUUUCAUCUUCCAAGCCUUUCUCUUAUGUCCUUGGCAGUAGCAAGAGCAUCUGAAGUGCCUGCCAGUGUCCCUGCCCUUCUUCUAGCGUGUUUGUGUUUGCCUCUCUAAACACUUCCCUGGUGCCUGUGUGUGCUGCAUUCCUUCCCUGUAAGGGCAAAUGUGAUGGUGGCGCAAAGUGAAGCAGGGGGCAAAGACAAAGAGAUACUCACAGGACUCUCCCAGAGCUCAGCCUCAAAGGAGAGCCUUGCACCCAAAGUGGUGUUUGCAAAGGCAUCCACUGCUGUCUGGCUGGAGAGAGCACAGCCACUGCAGCAGGGCUCCUUCAGCCUGUGUUUGCCGGGCACUGGCCAGAGGAACAACUGCCCCUUCUCUCUCAGAAGCAAACACACCCUCACUUAGAAAGGCACUGCUGUCCUCGUGGUGGAGCAGCAGGCUCUUGCCCUUGCCAGCAGCCUGUCCUGCCAUGGCUCACCGUCCCCCAGGAAGUCAGUGUUUCAGAUGUGCCACUUCCCUGCCUGUGGGAUGAAAUCCACUUAGGCUCGUGUUUCUUUUUCCUCUCUCAGUGCCUGCAAGGCCUGGAUUUCCUGCACUCCAAGCAAGUGAUCCACCGCGAUAUCAAAAGCCACAACAUUCUCCUGGGCUUGGAUGGAUCUGUCAAGUUGGCUGAUUUUGGCCUUGCUGCUCAGCUCACUGCUGAGCAGAGCAAACGGAGAUCAGCUGUUGGGACUACUUACUGGAUGGCGCCAGAAAUUUUCACCAGGAAGCCCUAUGGCCCCAAAGUGGACAUCUGGUCCUUUGGAAUUGUGGGGAUCGAGAUGGUGGAAGGAGCACCUCCGUACCUGAUGAAAACCUCCCGCACGGUACGCUGCAGCUGCUCUCAGAUACUGCUGUCACCCUGACAAAAUCUGCUCCCAUCCUUCUGCCUGGGAAGCUUGCAAACACCUGAAAAUGAUAGGUUCCAGGCUGCACAGUCUCUUGUGCUUCUUGGCUAGAUCAUCCCCUUGCCAUUUUUGUGCAUGAACAACACCAAAAAAUCGUGAUGCCUUUUGCUUGGCAGAAGCUUUGCCUCAGGGAGCAGGGAGCAGUGCUGAGCUGCAUUUUGUGGAAUAAUCCUUGGAAAUAGUAGAAUAAGAUGGAAGUCCUUCUUUUAAAAUGCCUGAAGAGGUGGUGUCAGUGCUCAGAGAAGCAAAGUGUGCUGUUGCUGAUGGAGCUGCUGCUAAUUCCAGCAGCCAGUGAAAUCAGGGGUCAAGGCAAGAGCCUUUGCAUAUUGGACUGGCUAUGGCUGCCUCUGGCUUUGGGUUGUUUUAGUAGGGCUAGGGAGUAAAGUGCCACUGGAGAGUGGAGCUUGUCCAGUGGGGUCUGUGUGAGCAGUUUGGGGUGCGAAGGAGACAGGUAGAGUGUGGCAUUUCCUUCUUCUCUAGGUUCAACAGCUGAUAAGCACCGGGCCCCCCCCGAAGCUGCAGAAGCCCAGGCAGCAGUCGGCGUGGCUGCGAGACUUUCUGCACUGCUGCCUGGAGAGGGACGAGGACAGGCGCUGGUCUGCCCAGGAACUUCUGCAGCAUCCGUUUGUUACAUCAGCCAAGCCGACCUCCACCCUGAUGCCUCUGAUCAUGGCCACACAGCAGUUUAUGUCUGGCAGGAGAUACUAGCCCUGGAAGAGGCCUUUGUUGUUGUUUGUAGUUUGUAGUCUGUAGUUUCUAGCUCGUAGUUUGUAGUUUGUUUAGAGUGAAUAAAUACUAUAAUAAAUAAAAUCUUCUCUGUGUUGGAACUUCUCUUUGUUCUCACCUUGUGAAUAGGCUCUAAAUUUCUUCUGAAUGGUCAGGUGUUUCUCCAAGGUGGGAAGACCCAUGGAUGGGGUUUGUGACAUGGUUUGUUUGUGAGCAAAGGUCAUCUUCCUUCAUCGCCUCCAGGCCACAACCUCUUGUGGAGAUACAGGCUUGCAGCUGUGACUAGAGGAGCAGAGCAGGACAGAAUGGAGCCGAGCAGUGGUGUCACUGCUGGGGAUGCUGCUGUGCCUGUGGUUGUGUUGCAGCUCUUGGGAAAGGUUGGGAGUGUCUGUGUUGCUGUGGGCAGAGGGGGAGGGAGCUGGGCUUCUCCACAGUAUCAGGCACAGGUGAGUGUCCAGUGGGAAGGCAAGUUCUGCCAUGGGAACUGAGGCCAACAUGAGGGAGUGAAAACUUGUUCAGUUUGGAUCUGUGUGAGCCACUGUGGACACUGCUAGGGGACUUCCUGGGGCUAUGCCCUGGAACAAUGUUCCCUAGAACUUUAACCUCUCCCAUGGAGUCCUGUUUUUCAUUUCAAUGUACAGUGAUUAUUGAAAAUUAUUGAAAAUCAUUUACUGUGUGAUGUUUGGUGUUAAGUGACAGUAUAUUUGAUGACAUUUAAAUUCAAAUUUAGUUGCACAAUAUUUAACAAACUUCCUUUCCCAGUUUUCCUGUUGUACCCCUCACUUCCCUGAACCCACUAUCCCUGAGAAGGAGAGGAUGGGAGAUGGAACCUGCUCAAGAGCACAGGUGAGCCACCAGUCAUCUGCCAUCUCCCCUCCUUUUCUGUCCUCUUGCCAGGACAGCACUGGCCAUGCCAACCUGGAGUCUACCCUAACCCACUUUCUGACAGCCCUCAGCCCUACUCUUGCCUUCCUACUGUAUUAGCCAUUCCCCAUUUUUGUUGGAAUUCAUGUUUUAGAGAUCAAACUUACAAUGGCUUAUAAAACAGCCAGAGGACCGACUCUGUUGCCCCCACAGGAGACCUGUUCCUGGCCCUGCCAGAAGCUCCCCCACAGGCCAGUCUGCCGGGGUCGGCUGCCAGUGGUCUCUGCCCCAGCACGGGAAAAGGUGGUUCUGGGCAGGCCGCACUCUCGAAGAAGGAGUCUGGACUCUUGCUUUUCGGUCUUCAGUUGAGUUUAUUGUUCCUUAUCUACAAAGUUUUUCUGUCUGUCCAGCCGAGGUCUGAUCAGCAAGACAGCCAAGGGCACUCUCUCCCGCCCAUGGGGCGGUUGUCUCUUUUCUAGUAAAAACUACGUAGAAGAUAUUUACCUUUAAUUUCCAAUACUUUUCGCCCUUGUUGGCAAGUGCACUUUCCCUAUGAACCAAUCCACACAUGCCAACAUCAUCCUGAACGUGGAUGCCAAGGAGAAGAAAGAAGAAGGACAGGACAUGCCCAAAUUCCUCCAUCUUAGUACCCCUGACCCCCAUGUACAGAAUUUCAAAAGACAAGAACCCAACGGCCCUGCAAUGAAUGCAGUUAGUCUGCCCUCAAAUCUGGAAAAAGGUCUUUAAAAAGAGAUAUUGACCGAAGUCUGUAGUGGGUGGUCCCCUGCUGUGGCUAAGUCACAGUCCAAGGAACAGUAAAAGACAGCAAAGGCAGCUCUUCAGGUCUGGUUGCCCCUUUGAUAUUCUCUGUUUCAGCUAUGAAAUGAGAAUCUCUAUCUGAUGACAUUGCAAAAGGAAUUCCUAAUCUUAGUAGUUUUUGUUUUAUUAUUACUUGAGGUGAUUCUUAGGGUUGGGUUUUUUGUUUGUUUGUUUGGGGUGUUUUUUGUUCUUUGUUUUUUGUGGUUUUUUUGUUGUUGUUGUUGUUGUGGUUUUUUUGUUUUGU